GAUGAUGGGGAGAGUGGAAGGCUGGAAGGUGAGAUCAUAACCAAACAUUUUGAGAUGCUUUAAGGAAUCAAAAUCAUCAUUGAUAAUCGAUAACCAAACCAAACCUUAAACAAUUUGCUUUUAGUAUCCCACAAAAUACAAACAUAGGCUGCAUUGACUCCACGAGCUUAGGAACAGACUCCUCUGUAUCUUGUAUUUUUAUAUAUACUCUCCCUUCUUCUCUCUCUCAUGCUCAUUCUUAACCUCAACAACUCACUCAACUAACGUUACAGAGAGAGAGAGAGAGAGAGAUUAGGAGGGAAAUGGCUGCACCUGCGAGGCCUCUGUUCGUUCUCUUCGGAUCCUCCAUUGUCCAACUCAGUUUCAGCCAUGGUGGUUGGGGUUCUCAUCUUUCUGACAUCUACUCUCGUAAGGCCGACAUAUUGUUGCGAGGAUACUAUGGAUGGAACUCGCGACGUGCCCUCCAAGUCCUUAAUCAAGUUUUUCCAAAGGAUGCUGCAAUACAACCUUCUCUUGUGAUAGUUUAUUUUGGAGGUAAUGAUUCCAUGGGUCCUCAUUCGUCUGGCUUAGGCCCUCAUGUGCCUCUUCAUGAAUAUAUUGAAAACAUGAGAAAGAUUCUGAUUCAUAUUCAGGGUCUCUCUGAAAAGAUACGUAUCAUUGUUCUCAGUUGUCCUCCAGUCAAUGAGGAAAAAGUGCGUGGAAACACUAGUGGAAUUUUUAGUGAGCUGGUAAGAACAAAUGAAUUGUGCCAAAGCUACUCAGAAGCUUGUAUUAAGCUAUGCAAGGAACUGGAUGUCAAAGUUGUUGAUCUUUUUAAUGCACUGCAGAAGAGAGAUGACUGGAUGAAUGCUUGUUUCACUGAUGGUAUCCAUUUAGCAGCUGAGGGAAGCAAAAUUGUGGUUAAGGAGAUAUUGAGAGUGCUUAAGGAAGCAGAAUGGGAGCCAUGCCUCCACUGGAAAUCCAUGCCUACUGAAUUUGCAGAAGACUCACCAUAUGAUCUUGUUGCUGCUGAUGGGAAAACUACACUGAAUCCUUCUGAGUGGACUUUUUACAGAGAGAUUCAGUGGGAUUAGGUUGUUAGGUUAUCAACUUUAAUCAUAAUCAUUUGCUCUGGCCUCCAUUCAGGAGCCAACCUUUCUGCCAGAUCCUGCAGGAUUUAGCAGUUUCAUAUAUUAUAUACGUUCUGCUUAGACAUGUUGAGUGGUUAUUUGGUGAUAUCAUUGCCCUAUAUUUUAGAUAGUCUUUUUUUAUUAUUCAUCAGGAUUGUUAUUUCAUAAUUCAGCUGAAAGUUACCUUAAUAGAAUAGAUCCAUUCUUCCAUAGCUAUCUGCAAAUUUCAUUAGUUUCAUAGAAUGGUAUCCAACUCCUAAGAAAUUAUUUUCAUCUGUAUGGAAUGUAUAAGGAAUGAGACAUAAUAAUUCAUUAUUUCAAAACUUGAUGAUAUAAGAUGAGAUUGAAUCUGAAA